AUGAAGCUUUCUUCUCCCACUGAUGAACAACUUGACGUGGAAAAUGUCAAGUUGGACAAAGAGAAAGAACGAACUCCAAGAAGUGGAAGGGUAGUAAGAGUCCACAAUCAGGCCUUGUUGUCGGGACUCGCAUAUUGCUUUUCCUCCUGUGGUAUGAUAUUGGUUAACAAGUUUGUACUUUCCAGCUAUGAUUUUAAUGCUGGGAUAUCCUUGAUGUUGUACCAGAAUUUCAUUUCAGUUGUUAUUGUUUCUGUGCUGAAAAUUCUGGGUUUAGUUUCAACGGAGCCGCUGACAUGGAGAUUGAUUAAGGUCUGGUUGCCUGUGAAUGUUAUAUUUGUUGGAAUGCUUAUCACAAGUAUGUUUAGUUUGAAAUACAUUAAUGUAGCCAUGGUGACAGUCCUGAAGAAUGUUACUAAUGUCAUAACUGCCCUUGGUGAAAUGUACUUGUUUAAGAAGCACCACGAUGGCAAAGUCUGGGCAGCUCUAUUUCUAAUGAUAAUUUCAGCAAUAACUGGAGGGAUUACUGAUCUUUCUUUUAAUUCAAUUGGCUAUGCUUGGCAGACACUAAACUGUUUCUUAACUGCAUCGUAUUCUCUGACUCUCCGUAGAGUCAUGGAUACGGCAAAGCAAGUUACCAAAUCUGGGAAUUUAAAUGAGUUUUCGAUGGUCUUGUUGAACAACACCCUUUCUUUGCCUUUGGGAUUUUUCCUGAUUGUUGUUUUCAAUGAGGUGGAUUAUCUCUUACGAACGCCACUUCUGAGAUUGCCUAGCUUUUGGUUGGUGAUGACCUUCAGUGGAAUUUUGGGUCUAGCAAUCAGCUUUACAUCCAUGUGGUUUCUUCAUCAGACUGGAGCUACAACUUACAGUCUUGUAGGUUCACUGAACAAGAUACCACUUUCUAUUGCUGGCAUCCUUAUCUUCAAAGUUCCUACUAGUUUGGAGAACUCUGCUAGUAUUUUCUUUGGUCUUCUGGCUGGAAGAUGGCAUCAGCUAACUGACUCUCCAAAUUGGGGAGGGUUCAUCAUUCCUUCUCCAAAGGACAGUUUUUGGUCUAAUAUUCAUUUGGAACUUUUGAGGAAAGGGCUGCUUGGAAUGAUUGCAUUGGCUCACACUGGGAGGGAAAGCCACUAG